AGGUUCAUGCUCGCCAUCGCGAAGCUGGACGGGGCCUCCGCGCUGAAAUACGCGUCCCCAGAGCUGAGGUCCGACCGCGACGUCGCUUGGGCAGCGGUGCUGCAGUCCAAGGAGGCCCUGAGAUACGUCGCUCCCGAGGACCUCCGCGGGUGGUGCGCGGAGGCCGCGCCCAGUGAGCGUUCGCGGCUCCUCGGCGCUGUGCUGGGAGUGGGCGCUGGGGCCGCGCAGGGCGACAGCGGCGGACUUGCCGAGGAGGUGGAUGCGUGCGCGGCCAAAGAGGUGGACGCAUGUGCGGACGAUCGGAGGCAGCCUUGGUGCCCGAUAUGCGCAGCAUAUGCCUGCGUAUUAAUCCUCUCGCUGCUCCUGUUUGUCCUCGUGUUACAUGUGCGUGUGCUGCCUGUUUGCCGACUUAGCGACCGGUGAAAAGUGGCAGCGUGCUCUCGAUUGUGUCUCGUGAGUGUCGAGCGAAUCG